CUUUCGUCUCUAUCUUAGUAAGUGUCCGGUGUCCCCAUGUGUCACAUGGACCUGACAAUGAUGCACAAGCUUUAUCUGUCAACUCAAGGGACUUCAUGGAUUUCGGAUCUAACAGUUACAGACUGAAAAGUCUGAAACUACAACAAACAACAACCAGUCUCAGAACAAAGGAAAGCCCUGUAAAAAUGGAGAGAAAACCAAUCUGGCUUUGCACUUUGGCCACACAACUUUGUCUCUUCUCUGCUCUCUACAUUGCCCUCAACAUGGGUCACCCUCAAACCUCAAUUUACAGGGAAAGGGAUCAGUUUUACUUUAUCAGUGUUUCUGGAGGCUUUAGACCACUUCAACUGCAGACCCUUUUGCUCAAAAAGAUGGAUCUUGUGGCGAAAUCUUACAAAGUAAGAUUCGUAAUCAACACUAGUGAGCUUGGGGAAGAUGAUCCACUCAAACAAAAUGCUACCCAGCUCUUCCCAUCUCUGAGAGUUCCAUGGUACACUACUAGAGUUUCAGAGGAGAAGGAAGUUGGUUGCUUCCGGGAGCAGAUCAAACUACCUCAUGGUGAAACGUUAGAAAUUGUCGGCGUGGAUACUGGUUCAUUACAGGAGACUAUGCUAUCAAGAUUUUCGAAUGGCACUGGGGAUAAUCAGUUAAGCUCGCUGACAAGGACACUGGAAGCAACCAAUGGUCACUGGUGCAUAGUAGUUGGAUUUCACCCACUGGUUAUCUGUGAAGAGAAUAAGGAGGAAAUCAAAGCAAAGAAAAUUUAUGAGCCUCUACACCGUAUCUUCAUGAAACUUGGAGUGAAUGCAUAUCUAAGCAAGCAUGGUUGCGCUGAAUUUGCCCGUCAGGAUAGUGUAGCUUAUAUAGAGAAUCCGGAUCUCAUUGAAUCUGUGAAUGGAAGAGGAAUGGUUGAUGGGUUUCUUCUCCACAGAGUCAGCUCCCUUGAGAUUGUGACCUAUUUUGUUACCUCAGCUGGGGAAGUCGUGUACAGAACGGUAAUCCAACAGAGGGGUAGGGAGGCCAUGUAAAUUUCUGUAGGAAAGAAUCAAACAACCACAGAUCUUCAAAGCCUUGUUGCAGUUGCUUCCAACAUCUUUUUAUUUAUUGAUUCGUUGUAUUUUGCCUUUGCCUCUUUUAUGAUAUAGGCAAAUAUUUAUUCUACAUUCAUAUGCCUUCUUUGUUGACAGUCACAGUUUGGUUGUCAUCAGUCUGUUUUCAUGCUAUAGACAGUGCAAAUUC